GCGUGUGGAUGUGUGCGUGCCGUGUGCAAUGUUUCGCCGUUUUCAUCGCGAACAAUACCAACGCAACCUGUAUCGAGCUGCGAAAGACGUUAUGCAAAACUUGAGACAAACAUACGUUUGCGGCCACAGGCGCAAGUGAGAUAGCAGGCUGCUGAUACAGGCUGCUGAAAAGCAAGUCGCCAUCGAACACACAGUAGCCAGAAAGACCAUCAUCAUCCACUCCAUCUUCCACACUGCUCCGUUGCUGGUUUGCGUGUGGAGUGGUGAAGUAGGUGAAUCGUCAUCUUUCAACGCGUGAAAAAAAGAUAAUUCUUCCCAUUUUGUGCACAUCAGCGUGAGGUAGCGAGUCAAAUCGCGAAGCAAAAGCUGCCCUUGAUCACAGAACUUCUCUGGCAAAGCGAGCCCCUGUGGCCCUGCUUGUUUUUCUUCCCUGGCAGUGUGUGUGAGUGUAUGUGUGUGUGCGCUCGUGUGUCUCAAGGCAUUAACAAGGGCAGGAAGAGAAGGGUCGCACCUUCCCAAUUUCGGGGUGACAAGUUUCAGUUUCAGGCUUUCUCGAUCACAAACUGUCCAACGAGCAAGACGACAGCAGCGAUAGAGAUAGGAAGAAUUGUGUACGAGUGAAAGAGACUGGGAGGGAGAGCGAGCGAGAGGGAAUCAAAGGUGCCACGGGCCAAGAGACAACAGCGCGUACAGUACCACGCACGAACACCAUUAACGCGUCGCAGCUAAAACACAAGCUAGAUCGAUGUGUGAGCUAGUGUGAUUAUUUGAUAAAUUUUCGCAGUGGAAAAGGAAUGAGGUAUUGAAGCAAUUAGGCUCAGGUUUAUGUGUUCUUUUUAGAAAGCGAAGACACAUAUCGAAGAAGACGAUCAAUCGUCGUACAUUCGUGGUGCGGCUGUGUGCGUAUCAAAAAACGAACCUCUUUGCGCUGUGUGUGUGUGUGCAGUGUUGGUGAACGUCAGUGUCAGGAGCGAGCGAGACAGCGAACCCAGUUGUAUCGGAGCGUGACAGAAGGAGAGUGGUUUUUUGGCUGGUGGGUGUCCCGCUGUCAGCAGGAACAUCAUCAUCAUCAUCAUCAUUCUCUGCACAACACGCUCGAGAACGAGGACAAUAGCAAAGUGCAAUCGCAGUCCGCAGUCGGUUCGCGACCAACUUGGCAAAACGUACGGUCUGAAAUCGACGUACAGCGCGCGCCUGUACGCGUGUGUGCGAUAUAGUGUGGAGAGUGAGUGAGAACAAUAGAGCGAAUUGCAGUGGACGUGUGUGCAUAUGUGUGUUUGGUACGCCAUUAUCAUCGCCAUUCGAAUGCAUGGCUGCUGCAGUGGAAGCAAAUUGAAGCAGCAGUGGUGAAUAACGUGUGGGAUUAUCGGUGUCGCGUGUGUGCCUCGGUCAGUCUACCAAAGGUGCCGGAGGAGGGAGGGAGAGAGUGGCCUGUUAGUUGUGUGGCCGUGAGUGUAUAUGUGUGUUGUGUCUGAGUGAGUCGCUUUCCCUCGAGCACACGAAGAAAGAAAAGGAAAGGAACAGACACACACACACACACCCCAACGGGCGCGUAGUUGGGUGCCCCGCUGAUGGCCGACAAUGCGCCUGCAGCCGCUGCAAGUAGUGUGAAGUGUAGUAGUGAUGGUGGUCAGCCUCGCGACAGUUUGCUAAUGUCCUCGAGCAGAAUGUUCAACCCAAACAACAACGUCCAGCAGCAGGGUGCCAGCGGCAGCGGCAACAGCGGUACUACCCCCGGGGGUGGUGUAGGAGGAGCAGGAGGAACAGCAGCAGCAGCAGGCCCGAAUGCGGCGGCCGCCGGACCGAUCGACCGUCUCCGGAUGCUGUACCCGAACGUCAACGAAGCGGUCGACCCGCUGCCCCGCUCCUGGAGCCUGCAGGACAAGUGCAGCACCAUCGGGCUGACGCAAAACAAUCUCCGUGUUCACUACAAAGGAAUUGGCAAAUCACACACAGAUGCUGCCUCGGUGCGUACCGCUUAUCCGAUACCGGCCGCCUGCGGACUGUACUACUUCGAGGUGAAAAUCAUCUCGAAAGGCCGGGACGGCUACAUGGGCAUCGGGCUGACCCAUACCAACUUCAAGAUGAAUCGUCUGCCCGGGUGGGACAAGCAAUCGUACGGCUACCACGGUGACGACGGUCACUCGUUCUGCUCGUCCGGCAAUGGGCAACCGUACGGGCCCACCUUUACCACCGGUGAUAUUAUUGGUUGUGGCGUCAAUCUGGUCGACAAUACGUGUUUCUACACCAAGAACGGCCACCAUCUGGGCAUCGCUUUCAGAGAUCUGCCGCCCCGGUUAUACCCGACGGUCGGUCUGCAGACGCCCGGCGAGGUAGUCGAUGCCAACUUCGGUCAGGAACCGUUCAAGUUCGACAUCGAGGAUAUGCUGAAGGAGCUGCGGGCCAGCACGAAGGCCACCAUCUACAACUUCCCACUGCCGGACGAUCAGGGCGACUGGACGGUGAUCCUGCACAAAAUGGUUUCCUCCUAUCUGGUCCAUCACGGGUACAGCUCGACGGCGGAAACGUUCGCCCGGAGCGCGGGCCAAACAUUACAGGAAGACAUGACAUCGAUUAAAAAUCGACAAAAAAUCAUAAAACUAGUGCUUUCCGGCCGCAUGGGACAAGCGAUCGAACAGACCAUUCGUCUCUAUCCGGGUCUGCUAGAGUCGAAUCAAAAUCUGCUGUUUAUGCUAAAGUGCCGACAGUUUAUCGAGAUGGUGAAUGGAUCUGACUUUGACCUAGGUACUCCUUCGUCGCGUACGAGCCCAGUGCAAACAUCGGUGAUACAAUCAACAAAAAGUUAUCAAAACGGUAACACCAUUAUUCCGGAUAAUGCUGACAAUCAGGGAUACUUAAAAAAUAACGUCCUCAGUAAUAACACCAACAACAAUAAUGGCAGCUGCAUCGAAGACGACUACUCGAACGACGUCGAGAUGGAGAACGGCCACAGCAAUAAUAGCGCCACGAAUGGUUACAAAAACGGCAGUGCCGCCAAUCGAACGAACACGAACGAACUGGUAGAAGAGGAAGAGGAAGAGGCGGACACCGGCCGGGAUGAAGAUAUGGACGUGGACUCAUCGCUAUCGCCAAACUGUAAAUCGACGAGUGCCACGGCAAAAUCGGGUGUCGAGCGGAUGCUAGAGUUCGGUCGCGAACUGUUCCAGAUGAGCCAACGACUGGAGAAGGAACAUGGUGUUAAUGAAACUAAUCAAAAAAUGUUAGAGGAUGCAUUUAGUUUAUUAGCCUAUUCGAAUCCAUGGGCAAGUCCGCUCGGGUGGCAACUGUGCCCGUCGCGUCGUGAAGCUGUAUGUGCUGCUCUAAACUCUGCCAUAUUAGAAUCAAUGAAUUACUCAUGGCGACCACCGCUAGAGGUGUGCAUAGCGCACGCCUGCGAGCUGCUGCGCCUCAUGUCGAGCUCAUCGCUCGGUGCGUGCGCGUUCGUUAGCGUGGACGAUAUACUUGCUCAACAACAGCAACAUUGACUACGUCUGAUCCUUCAGUUAGCGCCUUACUUCAAUUUCUAAUCGAGAAACGUCGUCAACGUCAUCCCGUCGUCUUUUCUGCAACGUAUCCUCCCCCCACUACUCUGUUCACGCUUGUUUACAACGGACGCACCAAAAACUCGGCCGCAUGCAUCAGGAUCGCUCCAUACUAAAAUAUCCCACAUAGCCGCCAUGCCGGGCACGAUUUAAUUUGACGUGUUAUGAUUUACAUUCGUUUCUGUCGCAUGAUGCACCACCUUCGAGCUGGUUAAUUUCUUCGAUCGAUCGAUAGCAAAGCUUAUGUAGAACUAAAAUUACAAAACCGAACACGAACCGAAUUACGUACAUCACAUCACGCCGUAGCAGCUGGUCGUAAGAGCGAGAAAUCAUAGAAAUUGGCCUGGACUAUCUGUACUAUUUGGUGUAAAACAUUUUACUUUGAGCCUUCAUUAAAGCAACCAAAAUAUCGAGUGCAAUUGAAAUAAUUCAACACACGAACUGGUUUGCCUGUUGGUGAACAUAUUUUAAUCUUUCUUUCAUGAAAUCCAACCAUCCGAUCGUUUCGCGGCGACUUUUCCACUUCCCCAAGAACGCGUCUAAGGCUAAACACACGCGCGAGAGAGAGAGAGAGAGAGAGAGAGAGAGAGAGAGAGAGAGAGAGGAAUGGUGAGUUCAUCUAUCAUCACAAAGAACUGGUAAUGUUUGGUAGGAGAAUAGGAGCACCCACACACAUACGCUCGGCAAGUAACACGGCAGUUUCUGAUCAUAAUUUGUGGCCCGACUUCGAAGAAAGGAUGUAUGAAGGUUGUGUGUAAAUUGCGGUCCAACGGUCGCUCGGCUGUAGUAUAACGACGAGAGAAGCACACGAGUUUAAAAUCGGCAGCAGUAGCAGUAGCUCACGUGAGUUUGAUAAUAACAAAAGAAGAGGAGGGGGUAAAACACAGUAAUCAGAAUCGCGCUAUGUAAAACUGUAAAAGAAGAUACACUAAUAUUAGCCAUUAACACAGGUAAACCCGCAACGAUCGUAGAGGAGCAGCCCGUAGGAUUGAUAAUAAUAGUAAGGAUGAGGGAACAGAUGGCCCGAAAAAGAGGACGAAGAACGAAGGGGGAGUGUGGUGUACGCCCGUUUGUAAGUAAGAAAGCAAAUGCAAAUGAUCAGUUAGCAAGUAAGUGAUGGAUAUCGCGCGUUGUAAGUGUGCGGCGACGGCAUGUGGUAGUGUUUGUUUAGUUUUUGCAAUUGCGUGCGCCGAACGAACGUACGAAGAAAUGCAUCCUCCGCGCGUCUGGUGGUUAAAAUAAGCGGCUCUCACAAUAAUAACACACUUUCGAAGUAUAAAUAGUGAUCGUGAAUGGAGUAAUAUGCAUUGUGAGGCAUUCAUGAAACACGCGAAAUCACAGAAAAAGGGGAUUGCGGUGGGCGCAUGCUUGUUCUCUAGGUUAAAGCAAUAGGAGAGGGGAGAGGGCGGGGAGGGUGGUCUUUUUGCAAGCAAAGAAACAAUAGUGUUACUCUUCAGUGCUGUUCUAUUUCGCGCUUGUUUCGACAUGGUUUGGGUUUUGUUUAGUUCUCACCUCGUAUGGAUUUCGCGUUUGGGAAAAGAGAGUCUCAUCAUGAUCUCGACAACCGUCGUUGUGUGCACUAUACACCAGUGUUUCACAUGCUUCAAUCUAUACCCGGGGUAAAGCAAUUCAUUGUCCUUCCUACCAUUGGCCCCACCACGGAACACGGAAUAUUAUCGUUAAUUGACAAUUCUCCUUCUACAAAAGAGCUCUGAGCUUACCGCAAUAGUUUAAACAUAAAAUGCCACCAUUUUAACGUAAAUAAAUAUCAUCCCGCAAUAAUGUUACCAACAAUAACGAAUUUCUAAUUCAAUGUUCUAUGGGCUCUCUGCAUAUCAAGCAGCCGAUAACAGUCUCCCCAUUUUUUUAUGAAUUUAAAACAAAACCCGCGUACCCACCACCAAAAAAAGGUGGCAAUCCCUUAACUGUAUCCACUUCUCCCUGUGUUUGUAUAAAUUGAUUUCAUGGUUCAUCUUAGAACUAUAGCUUCCUCUCGCCUUGGAUUUAACAGUAGUGUGUACGAUAAAUGAAGAAUAAUAUGUACAGAGAAGGAUGGAGCGGACGGACGAAGAAGGAUAUUUCAAUCCGAUUUUGUGUUUCUUGUACAUGACGCGAUCGCGAUCGUAGCAGUAGUGAUCUUUCGCGUUAGUUACAUAUUGCUUUCUGGUAUGUGUGUGUUUUUAAAUAUCACUGUUAUCUAAAUUUAUUUAAAUGUUAAAUGUUUCUUUUUCCGACGAUCCGGGGGUCAAUAGGAUAUGUCCUGUACAAAGAAUUAGGUCCACGAGCGUGCGUGUGUGUGUUUGUUUGUUUAGUGAGUAAGAGCAGCGGAAGGGGCCACACAAUAUGAAUGAAUGCACCACAAUAAGCAAUAGAACUAACAACGGCAGCAAGAGCAGCAGGGAGAUAAAACCUUUAUACAGGAACUCGCUUGUGUUAUCCGGAUAUGUGAAUUAUUUUUGUUUUCUUUUUGCAUAAUUUUGCGUUCUUUUUCAACUGUGUACGAAUCACUUGUGAACCGUGUAAUCGUUUAGUCGAUUCGUUACUGUGUUCUACAGGUUUUGCUUUUCUUUCUAGAGCUUCGGCGGUGAAACAAGAACGCGCAAGAAAUUUUCAAAUUUCCCCUUUUUUUGGAAUCGCGUUUUGUAGUAGAGAGAAACGUUCACGCCUAGACUCGUUUGAGAUGAUGUUUAAGUUGGUGAAAAACGAAACGAAAAAGCGGUAGAAAACGGCCAGAAGGUGCGAACGGUUAGAGGAGCGUAAUGGUGAUAGCUGGUAGAAAAGCGGAAGGGAUACGAUCAAACAAUCGAGUUCUAACGAGAAUUGCUCGGAAGGGAGAUUGUAAUUUAGAGAAAAGAAGAAAAAUGAUUGUGAAAACCGAUAGUAGCACGUAAGGCACGCGUGUAACAGCAAUGGAGUUAGGUUAAGUUUGGGAACAGCAGAACGGGAGUGUAGGGUUGGCAAAGAAAAACACACACACACACACAUACUAAAGAUAAUAAGGCUUGCAGGAGAGGCAACGGUGUUCGUGACUCGGGGAACUUGGGGGUUGGUAUAGGGAAUUUAAGUAGUACAAGCCGUAAGCGAUCGAUCAUGCACGAUUUAAAGUUUGUAAGAUAUGUAAAUCCUCUCUUUCUUUGGUUCUGCGUGCCACACACACACACCUCUAUAUAUUGUCCUUUUGAACAUGUUCUUGAUCUGCUCAGGUUUCGUGAUUAGUGGUUAAUAGUAAAAAAAAUAAAAACCAUGAUCACACUCCUCCUACUGCGCUAUACUGGGACGGAUAUCCGGUGAAACCAAACAGACACAUACACACACGGUAGAACAAAACAUAUUAAUUACACUGUUUAAUAAUAAUAAUCAACCGCAAGCCUGUCCCGCUGUAUCGAUCAACCAGUUUCCCCUCUUCCUGCCCCCCCAGGUCCUUUUGGUUCCUGCUCCUGGUCCCCCAGGUCCUCUUCCCAGGCAUGAGGAAGAGUAUGUGGAAUACGGCUUUAAGUUAAGUUGCAAGAUGUGUGAGGGGGGGAUGUCCUUUGUUUUGGAACACCCAAAACACACAGAGCGAGGAAUGGAGAGUGUACAAGCGGGGCGUAUAUAGGAUGGUGUUGGAACGGAAAAAGAGCAUAUAUAAAUAAUGGCGGGAAGUUUGAAGCGUGUGCGUUGAGAUGGUUCGUGUAUUUUAGGCUAUAUUUUGUGAAAUCACUGUGAAUAAUCGAAAACGAAUUGUACGAAUUGAGAAGAAACAGAGAAGGGAAGAGAAUACGCAAAAAAGAAAAGAAACAAAACGCGAAACAAAGAAUGUGCGCAAGAAGGCGGAAAAGAAGAGGAAAAAACACAUAAAAUAAAGGGUGCCGCUGGUUGAACAAAAACAAAACAAAACGAAAACACAAAAGAAGAUAAUGAAAUGGGAGACGCAAAACAAACAUAAUAAAGAGAAAGCAAACGGAAAUAAAAUAAACAUUUAAUUUUAAACAAA